ACAAAGGCACACAUUCAUUCAACAUUUCGAUUUUCGUUUCUUAGGAAUCACAGGCCUUGGUGACCAUCACUCUUUCUUUAAUAUAAAAUAUUCCACAAGUAAAGUAAAUUCAUAAUAAUGGCUCCAGUUGUAGAGAACAAAAAUAUCCUUGAGUUUCUAGAGCUCGUCGGUCGUUUGAAGCAUGUCAAAAGAACUGGCUGGGUGCUAUGUGACAUCGAAGAUUGUGAGUCCAUCGCUGGUCACAUGUAUCGCAUGGGCAUGAUGACUUUCCUGCUUACUGAAGAGAACAACCCGACUAAAUUGGAUCGCUUUAGGUGCCUACAAAUAGCUCUCGUCCAUGACUUGGCAGAGUGUAUAGUUGGAGAUAUCACACCCCAUUGUGGAGUCUCUCCUGAGGAAAAGCACCGGCAAGAAGAUGAGGCUAUGAAGAAAAUCGCAGAGCUCACUGGUUUCGCUGGUGACAGGAUGUACGAGCUUUACAAGGAAUACGAAAAUCAAACCUCACCCGAAGCAAAGUUCGCAAAAGAUUUAGACAGAUACGAUAUGAUAUUACAAGCUUUCGAAUAUGAGAAACGCGAGAAAGCGCCCAGGAAGCUACAAGAAUUCUUCACAGCGACUGAGGGAAAGUUCAAUCAUCCGUUUAUCAGGGACUUGGUGACGGAAUUGUACAGGCAAAGAGAGGAAUUCGAAAAGAAAUUUGUGGUAAAUGGUACCACAUAACUCAUAUUGAUCAAUUCUAGUACAUAUUUUUAAAUUUUAAGCCAUAAUUAUUAUACUUAAUCGGCUUAUGAAGCGCAACAAGUGUAGUUAAGAUUAUUUUUAUUUCCAAUGUCCAACUAGACUGGUUCUAGGUGAUGAUAGAUCGAAGAUAUAAUCAGAGUAUAAUAGUUUUGAACGCUACUGUGCCAGUGCCAACGACCAUUUUUCACUUUCGAGUCCAUUUUCUUUUCAAAUAUGUCCUGCUUAAUAAAACUAAACGUCGUUGGAGUCUUAUACGUUAUACCUAUUCAAAAUAUUUAAGUGAAUUGGAUGAGUUUUUUCUUUUGUAUAAAUAACAGGGAGCAACAACAAAAAGUAGCCUUCGAAAAGUUACCAAAGUUAACACAAGUUUCUCAGAUAAUUUGCGUGAAUAUUUAAAGGUAGUGUUUUUAUAUUUUAUCUGAGAAAAGUAUUAUUUAUGUACAAACAAUAUUCCUCUGUUAUAGUACUUAUAUGGUUCAUGAUUUUAAUUAUUUGAGUGAUUGUCUGAUUGUUGAUUUAUAUGAUUUUACCAUGACUUCUUAACAAAUUCGUUAGUUGUUACUUAAUAGUGGCAUGCAGAUGUAUAUAAGACAAAGGCUAGAGAGUAAAAAGACCGAAGAAACGGGCUUGCAGAGGGUUUCGUUCCUUCUGAAGAGGUUACCAAAUGAAAAGUUAUUGAAGGUUGUGCCUUUGAGCCAUCAUGCCGCUGGUUUUCUGUAAGUAGGUAGGUCUUACACCUUAACAAGUACUUCAAUUUGCUCUCGUUUACUCUACGUGACUUUCCUUAUCGUAAGGUCCCGUGCAUAUGAAUGCUUAAGGUACCAUAGAAAGCCACAUUAAGAAGCUAAUAAGCUAAGCCAUAUAUGCUUAAAGUUAAAUUUGUCUAAGAACUCGAGAAAAACGUAGACUUGUAUAAAUUUUUAUACCUACAAAGUAGGUAUAUCUACUCGUUAGGUAUAGGUAUAUUGUAUUGGACGACAAUAGUUUUUGAAUACAAAAAAAGUCUAACAUUGUAAUUAGAACUAAUAGUAAAGUUAAAUAUUUCUGUUAUACAUUCCUAUGCCCCGCAGACAAAUAUUAUCUCUUGAAAAACACUAAUCGGCAUUCAUAUCUUUUUUUAAAUAAAUCAAAGCCAAAAAUUUAUCACUCCUUUCAUUGUAUUUGUUUAGUUCCUUUUGUUGAUUUGAUUAAUGAUUUAUAUUGUUUUCUUUAACAAACUUAGUUUGUUUCAAAUUGGUUAUAAUUAAGUAAGCCAUUUUUAUAAGUUUGAACUUAAUUUUAUAUUCAUGUUGUCUACUAACCAGUAUUCAUUGUGAUUUAAUAUAAGCUUGUUGGUAGUAUUACUCAUAAAAACUCUCAUUAAAAAUAAAAUAACGAUUUGUGUA